AAGUUUGUAUUUUGAGUUUUUGUUGAAUGUGAUGUAUUUUUUACUUAUUUGUUCAUUGAUGUGUUAUUUUUAUUUUUAUUUUUAUUGUUUUGCUCUAGAUACAAAUCAAAGCACCACAAUAUGCAUCAUCUAUACAUCCUGCACUUUUGCCAGAAGGUUAUAAUGACCCAGUUGCUAGAAUCACCAACCCUCUUGAUAAUAUGAUCCAUGAACGGAAUAGCAUAGAAAGACAACGAAAGAAAAGGAGCUUAUCUUUUUCUUCUACAAAACUUGAGGAGGAUCUUGACUGGCAAGAAUUGUUGCGAAAUAAUGAACAUAAUCCACAAGGAAGUAAAGUGGAAGAAAAUCACAAGCACACAAACUCAAAAAACAAAAGUAUCGAAUCACAUGAAGACAUUCAUUCUUCAAAAGGAGAUGCUGAAAUAAAAUUAGUGAGCGGUGAUGAAGUGGAAGAAAAUCACAAAAAAGUAAAAUCAAAAAACAAAAACUAUGAAUUGUUUGAAGAAACCAAAUCUCCAAAAGAUGAUGAAAUUUGUGAAAAUGAAAAAAAAAUAGUUGAUGGUGAUGAAGUGGGAGAAGAAAAAUCAUUAGUUCAAGAAGGCAUGAGUGAAUUACAAAAUGUGAAUUUAUCAAAUCCAAAGGAUUUUGAAUUGGAAAUGGACACAACUGAGAAGGAUCCAAAACCAUUACUGAAUUCAGCACAAGAAAUGUCACGAAAGCCUUACGAGUCUGAUAUUGAAUUGAUGGACCAUUCCUCAAAUAAUUCUAGUAUUCUUCCAAAGCAAGAUUUAAUAAGUUUUGAAGAAAUUAAUAUAAGUUCCCUUGAUCAAUCCCAACAGUCUUUACCCAUUGAAGCAAAAGAAGAAUUAUUGAACUUGAAUGAAAUUGAGAUUGAUACCAUUGGUCAACCUUCAUCCACCAUACAAAACCAUGAACAUUUCCAAAAAUUAGAUACCAAAGUAAUCAUAAUUGAUCAAUCUUCACAAUUUCCAAUUAUUAAACUUAAGCAUGAAUCUUUAGAACCUCUUCCAAAUGGAAUGGAUACUAUUGAUGAAUCCUCACAAACAUUUGGUAAACUAAAACAAAAUUCUUCAAGAAAUGUUGAGCUUAAAAAAAUAUGUAUUAGUCAAUCUUCACAAGUUUCAUCUAUCAUGAUAGAAAAAGCAUACCUAAAUGCUUUUGAUGCCACUAAAGUUCCAAGAGAACAAUCUUCAGAAUCUCUUUAUACUACACAAAAGCAAGUUCCGUUUGAACCUUUGCAAUACCAAGCAAAUAUUAUUGAUGAUGUUCCACAAGAUAUGUUCAUUACACAACAUGAAUCAAUUAAAGAAUUAUCAAAACUUAAUAUGGAUUGUAUAGAAGAAAUUUCACAACCAACAUUUGCCACACAGAAGCAAGCACCAUUUUCACAACCAAGAGCUGUUGAAGUUCCAGUAAAGAAUUCAUUGGAAGAUUUCAAUACUUUGAAAGAAAUUGAAUCACAUUGUUAUUUGAAUCAAUCAAAAGAGGAAUCCAAACAUUUGCUUAGAGCUUAUUAUUUUGAUUGGCAUCAACCAUUAAAAGAAAAAAAGAAAUUAUUAGAUGUUGAAGUUUCUAAUAUACAUCAAUUUAAUCCAUAUAAAAAUCAUACAAGUGCAAUGGAUAAUGAUUUUUAUUGCCUACCAAAAAACCAGAAUAAUUUUGUUGCACCAGAAAUAGAAUUGCAUCAUCCAGAAGCGAUAAAAGCGCCUCAUUUUAAUGCAACUAAAAUCGAUCAAUGUCAGGGAAGAGAAGAAAAACAUGAGUAUAGUUUAUCAAAAGAUGAUUUGUAUCAUUUCAUUAGGCAAAAUUUGUGUAAUCACACAUUUCAAAGUAGUAAAGAAAACCCAAUAGAUGGAGUUACAUCAAAAGAGCAUGAGACAAAAAUUGAUCAAUAUAGAUCAAAAAGCCACAAUAAUGCCACAACAUCUGAAUUGGAUUGGAAUAACACAAAAAAUCCUUUGCAAUCAAUAGCUUUACAUGAGCACAUGCAACCCAUUCCACCUCAAAAAAAUAAAUAUGACCCAUCUUUAUUAGAAAAAUUGAAUAAUGUCAAAACUUCAUUUCAAACUCUACCUUUGUCAACUUCAACUACAAAAUUUUCAAGGAUAAAUAUUAAAGAUAACAAUUCACCCACAAGUGCAGUAAUAAAUUAUGGAGAGCCCACUAAAAAAUAUUUUAACUCACCUAAAAACAAAAUUAUAUUAAACCCUCAAGAAUACUUUCCAAAGCCAAAUUUUGACUAUGAUUUUGUGAAAUGGAAAAAUCUAGAAGCAAGUAGAAACAUUUCUUCACCACUUACUACAAAACAAGCUUGGACUCAAGUAUCGACAUGUUUAAAACCUCAUCCUAACAUGCAACAUUUAAUGUGUACACAAUCAAAACCACAACAAAAUAUUAUUUCUUUACAAAACACAAAUGAUAUGCAUGAAAAACGUCUCCAUGAAUUGAAGAAAGAAUCACAACAUAUUCCUUAUCAUUGCCUAAAAUAUUCUCACUUCAAUUCAAAAUGUAGAAAAAUUUGCAAGAAAUGUUCUGACCCUCACAAUGCAACAAUUAUUUCACACAUAAAGUAUGCAAACCAACGUCCAUCAAAAAAAUCACAACUCCAUCAAUGUUUUCAUAAAUGCAAGCAUCAUCAAUUCAAGCAUUCAAAACAUUAUCACAAUCCAGUGUACACAGAUGAAAAACGUCUUAUCAAAACUAUUUUAGAUGAAAAAGGAAAAGUUGUCUCAUCAUUUACAAAUUUUUCCAAUUCUAAAGAUGAAGUGCUCUCAAAAAUUCACGGAUGAAAAUAUGUCAUAAACGAUAAUAGGAACAUUUUUGAGGUUGAUAAGAAAUGGAAGACGCAAAGUAAAUAACGUCUUUGCUUUUUUAAUUUAUCAAAAGAUAGUUAAAACACUUAUUUGAAAUCUAAUAUGCUGUGUUAACGGACAUUGUCAACAGCACUGUAGUAUAAAAUUAUAAACUUCCUUCUUAUGAAUUUUUCUUAAUUAAUUAUUCAGGUAAUAUU